GCUGACCUUCACACGGGUCAUGUAAUAAGUACCUAGCUAGCUAUCAAGCUAACUGAAUGAAGAAGACUCGUCUCAAAAUAAAGUCACAAGGAGGAGCUACAGCAUGCAGGGAUUGUUGAUACAGGCACUGGCACUGAGACAGUUGGGAAGGCUGAGUACCCGAAAGCUGCUGAACCCUGGACCGGGACCUUACUGGACAGAAUGGUGCCCAAGGACACUACACACCCGCCAGCUGUGUGGUUCCACCUCUUUCCUGACCCUUGGGGGACACAAGCUUCCUAAACGCUGGACUUCAGCUAAGAGCAGGUUGGUUCUUCAUCACAUGAGGUUCAAAAGCAGCAAGAAGAAAGGAGGCGCAAAGGUCGUACAGGAAGAGGAAGAAGAUGAUGAAAAGGACCUGGAGGACAGUGACUAUGACGAUGAACCUGAGGAUGACUCCAGUGUGCCAAAAGACUACAAAGACAUAGAGAAAUAUGUGCAGUCCUUUCGAUAUGAUGUUAUCAUGAAAGCUGGCCUUGACAUAGCACGCAACAAAGUGGAGGAUGCAUUCUAUGGCAACAAGCUUUGGCUAAAUGGACAGAAACUUGUCAAGAAAAGUAAAUUGGUUAAAGUUGGGGACACCUUGGACCUGGUAUUGUUAGAGAACAAAGAAACAGACACUGUCACGCUUUUGAGAGUCAUCUUUAAGAAGGAAUUGGGUGAAUCCAAGGAUGGAGACCGGUACAAAGUUGUUCUGAGGCGCUGGAAAAACUUAGAACUUCCCAAGCAGAAUGCCUUUAAACAACGAGUUUGUGUACAAUACUGAAUACACCACUCCCCAUUGACAAGGGAUUUGGAAUACCUGUCUAUGCAUGUUACUACAUCAAAGUGAAUGGUGCAUUUUUUACAUAGUCUUCUUGGUAUGUGUCAUCAGUGGCUUAUCUGUUUUCAAAUGGCUUUGGGCCUUGACACAAUUUUCUAUUAGCAAAUAUUAGUAAGACGACUUCUCAAUAUUACUAUGUAAUUAUGAAAUGGAUGGUCAUGGUUUGAAUCAGAUGCAAGGGGAUAUGUGUGGGAUAAGUUAUGGAGUGCUAAUAAAGUGAAAUGCUGAAUUUGACUGACUUGAUUACAAAUGGCUUAACGGGAUCUGUUGCCAUGGUUUAAUACAUAUUUAUAAUACAAAAUUCUAUAAGAAGGUAGAACAUUGUUAUAAAAGACCAGUAGUGCCACAACCAAUGGAAAAAAAACAAUCACAAUUUUUAUCCAUCUUUGCCUGUGACGUCUUUGUACUAUUUACAUGGUUAUUGUUAAGGCUACACAUCUUAUAUACAGGGUAAAUUAGAUGAGCUAUGACACUUGUUUUGGUGUAUACAUACAGUCUAUAAUCUCAAACAAGCAGACGAUGAAAAACUAAACUAAUACUGUAGUUCAAUAUUACAAAUACAUUGAGUACUAAUGAAAUGCCUUUACAAGUUGGCCUUAUCCUACACAGGACAGUGUGCAAAGGCUCCACUAUGCUAUUCAGCUUCUGUACUUGUGCAAAUAUUUAGAAUAAAAAAUAAAUUGCCUUUAGCUUUGCUACUAGGACACAG